ACAAUAACAAUAUAUACACUCUCGUGGGUGUGUACACAUUCUUGAAGAAAGUAACAUCAGGAUAAUCGACAAGGUGUAGCAAAAUGGCGGGCAGUGAAAUAACGGUCUGCAAAUUGAGGCGAUAUGACACCGGUCAGCCAUGGGGAUUUAAAAUGCAAGGAGGAUCCGAGGUCGGGAUCCCACUCCAGGUUGCUGAGGUAUCUCCCAAGAGUGUUGCCGGAAAAGCCGGUUUGCGGGACGGUGACUUGAUUUGCUACAUUAACAAAGCCUUCGUCGAAGACGUCACACAUCAACACGCCAGGAACGAGAUGAUCAGAGCAGGAAACGAUAUUGACAUGACCAUUAGAAGACCAGGAGGAGUUGGUCCGCAGACAGCCGCCCCUCCCCAAGAACAGGAAUCAGAAGAUGACAAAUACCGAGAUGUACAACCAAAAACAUAUCAAAUUUUACAGAAAGAACUGCCACACGCAGCAGCAGCAGGAGGCAGACCAGCUUCAAUAUUUGACAAGAAGAAAAAAGCCAGAUCUGAAUAUACAAAGACUGAUCAAUCUGGAUACACAAAAGCAUACGGACAAUCAUAAUGGAAGAUAAUGUACCAAAUUGGAACAGACAUUCAACAACAUAAACUGUAAAAUGUCUGUGACUUCUACUAAGUUCUAGCAUGUUUAGAAUAUAUAAAGAUUGUUAAAUCAAAGAAAGUAUGGAGUGUAAUUUACAUUCAAUUUGAUAAAAAAUUUUUACUAACUAUUUCAAUUUCACAGAGAGAUUAUUGCAAAAUUGUCUUAAAAAGGAUAAUUUGACUGUAAUAUACAAUAAACCGGAUAUACAGGUUCAUUUGCAUGGGCUUUUCUUCAAAAUGUUUGUAUAAAUAAUUUUGGUUUAAUUUUUGCAUACUAUUAUAUGUAUACAUAUUUAUUUUUCAAUUAUGAAAGAUUUAAAAAACAAUCAAUUAUUUUAAGUUUUAUAAACCAAAAAGAAAACGUUUAUUUAAGCUGAAUGGAAUAUAUAGAUUAAAGUGAUUUUUUUAAUCUAUCUUUGUUUCUUUCAAGAGGAAAAUAUAAUUUUGAAAUGUGAACAAAAAUGAACGUUUAAAGUGCUUCCAUAUUUUAUGUCAAAACUGUUUGUUUGGAGUAUAUCUGACAUAACAGUAGUAUCUAUACAUGCAGAAUAUAGCUUACAUAUUAAUCUGCAACCACUUUUAAACAAGACUAAUUGGAUAAUCUCUUUAAAUUGUAAACAAUACUGAAAAGCCGGACAAGGAUCUCACCAACAGAAUAUUCCUGCCAUAAAUAUGUAUAGAAAAAUAUGAAAAUCCUGCUAAAGCUCUAAGUACUUUAUUUUGCCUAUUUUUAACUUUUUUAUUCGAGCGUCACUGAUCAGUUUUCUAUAGAUGAAACUCACGUCAGGUGUACAAAAUUUAUAUAUCUAUGAAGAGUUUAUUGACUAUAUCAUGUAAAUUAUUAGAUAAUGGAUGGAACACUACUUGAACUUUGUAAUGAAUAUUUUUUUAAAAAGCUACAAUUUUAUGUACAAAAUACUUAUAUAUAUCAUUGCAUGUUAAUUUUUUUUUAUCAAACAAAAUCAAUCAAUCUUAUUAUCUUUCAGUAUUUUAUAUAUUCUUUUCUCUGUACAUAUUUAUUCCCUUGGCCUCUUAAAAGAGAAACAAUGUGUGUAGAGAGUCUAUUUAAUAAUAUUCAGUUUGUAAAAGCUUUAAUUGACCUACUGAUCCCAGGGUUAUGUGACUACACAAUGUUGUUAUUGUUUAUCAAUGUAUUUUGUUUUUGUUUAUAAUUAUUUAUUUUGUAUAAAUACAUUUAUGUAUAUUAUUGUGGUUGCUAAAAAUUUGCAUAUUAAAGCUAUAAUCAAAUAAUAA